AUGGGCAGUGUUAGUAGAAAUAAGUUCCGAAGUUUCCGUAAAAAUUUUAAACCUUUAGCAAGCAUAUUUUUAAAAAUCAGUUAAAGUCCAAAGUAUUGAUUAGAGUUGGCAGUUUAACUGUUACCAACGUUCGAAUAUUGCCGCUGCUUCCGAAAUUUUCCGAGCUCAUAAACCGACUACGAAGACAGCUAAGCACUUUUCAUGCCCUCUGAAAAUGAAUUUUCCUCGUUGUAAUUAAUUUGACAUAACUUGGUACUCUCUUAUUCUCAUUGCUACUCAGUCUGUAUAAAAAAGUAUGGAAAAUCGUGAAAAAGUGCGGUGAACACCUUGGAUUUAGUACAAAUGUCACAGCUCACGUUUCUAACCAAACUGUCACUUGUCAUUUUCUCUCGUGAGACAUUUCGUUGUAAAAAUGGAGCCAAAGUCGAAAAGCGAACACCUGUUAUCUCUAAAGGUGAUGAGGUUAACAAGACCGACAAUCGCCACUCCAGCUAUUGUGACAUGUGACUCGGCUGAUUUACCUGGUAAUACUUUGAAUAAUGCCUUAAAGGAGGAUUGCACAGCUCUCCAGGGGAUGGAGGUCCUGGCAGUUGGACAAUUCAUGGUUUUACCUCAGAGCUUUGGAAAUAUUUAUCUAGGAGAAAUUUUUUCGAGCUACCUCUGUGUACAUAAUGGGAGUAAUCAAGUGGUAAAGAACAUAAGUGUGAACGCUGAUCUUCAGACGAGCACUCAGUGUAUUCGUCUGUCAAAUAAGAAUGUAAAUAUCGGCGAAUUGACAGCGGAUAGUACUAUUGAUGAGGUCAUUCGUCAUGAAGUGAAAGAAAUUGGAACUCACAUACUAGUUUGUGAGGUCAGUUAUACUCCGUCAGCUGCAGGAAGUGUUCCUCAAUCGUUUCGAAAGUUCUUCAAAUUUCAAGUAUUGAAGCCCCUCGAUGUGAAAACAAAGAUCUACAAUGCAGAGUCAGAUGAGGUUUAUGUAGAAGCUCAAAUAGAGAAUCUCACUGUUGGACCUAUAUGCUUAGAGAAGGUGGCACUAGAAUCCUCAUCUUCUCUAUUCGCUGUGUCAACAUUGCACACCAACGAUCGAGGGGAAUCUAUAUACGGUGCCGUCAAUGUACUGGAUCCAAACUGCAGUAGGCAGUAUCUUUACUGUCUGAAGCCUCUGCCGAGUUUACUCAAAGACCCCAAAAUAAUGCAUAACGCCACACAAAUUGGAAAAUUAGAUAUUGUGUGGAGGAGUAAUAUGGGAGAGAGGGGAAGAUUGCAGACUAGUCAACUUCAAAGAAUGGCUCCUGAUUACGGGGAUCUCCGAGUAACUGCGAGAGACAUACCGAUAGAAGUAUUCCUCGAAAGCAUUACUGAGUUCAAAUGCCACGUGAUAAACACAUCAGAGAGGAGUAUGGACUUAUUACUGAGCUUAGAAUCAAAUAGUUCUAUCGCUUGGUGUGGAAUAUCAGACAUAACAAUUGGAUCUUUGAAACCAGGAGCCUCUACUGAUAUUCCUCUGUGCCUCAUUCCUUUACAAACGGGUUUAAUUACAAUCUCUGGACUGAAAUUAGUCGAUACCUUCCUCAAGCGUGUAUACGACUAUGAAGAUCUGGCGCAAGUAUUCGUCUCUCAAUUGAGUUAAAAUUGAGAACAAUUAGUUAUUAUGAACACGAACAAAAGAAGAGGAAAAUAUUAGAAUGAUAUUUUAUUACUGGAAAUAUGCGUCUAGAGUAGACAUUCUUUCAUUUUCACUGACAGCACCAACAGCACAAGCGAGCAGAGUUUGUACAUCCUGUGGCUCAUUACCCCCAUAAAUAUAUCCAUUAGCUUUGUCAAUUGCAUUUUUCACUUGGAGAAGAAGGCCCUGGUUUGAAAUGUCGAGUGGUAGAAAAGUCACGAGACUGUAGUCUUCGAUGAGAGAUACCAAUGCUGCAUUGAGUUUCUUGUAUCUGGAAGGAUAGAGUUUUUUGAGUAAUUUCUUCGGAAGAAUAUUCCGAAAAUGUUAUCAAAACUAUUUUUUGUUUGGGUUGCUCUUGCACUUUUACAAUCCAAAGAUAUUUUUUCGCCUACAUCUACUAAUUCUAGAGAUAUUCAAAGAUAUUUGCAUUGUUUUUUUAAAUUCAUUCAAAACUCCCCCUAAAUAAAGUAAUUCCGUUUUUUAAGUCAUUCUAUUUAUUACUUAACUACUGGUAUGAUCAAUAUAUGGAAAAUUAAAUACAAAAUUACUUACUUGGCAGUCAUGGGAUCCUCGUCGAGUUUAUCAAGCAAAUAAUUUAGAUCCAAUACUUCAGUGUAAAAGUCUAUGUUGAAUGCUAACCGGUCACAGAAUUUCUUCAUCUGAUCCAAUUUGGUCAUGAUAUUAACAUGAGGUAAGCCCAAUUGUAGCAUUGUGGUAGUGCAGAGUACAAGAGACGACAAGUAUUUUCCUAAAAUCAAAUUGACUCAGUGAAAUGCCAUAUUUUUUAGAGAGCAAAUAUUGCGAGUAAAUAACGCACCUGUUUCUUAACUAUCAAAAUUUCAAACAUAAUAUUACUGAAUAAUUUAGAAAUAAUGAUUUUUAAAAAUUUGUAUUUAUUUUCAAAUCGUAAAGCCUAUGAUUAUGUAAAAUAAAUUAUUAUGUCAAAUAAAUUAUAUUGUUUGAAAAAUCA